GUGCUGGGCGGGAAGGGGGGAGCUGGGGGCCGUGUGGGCGUUUGACACCUGAUCCUGCCACUCCCCCCCCGGGCUCCAGGUCCCUGUCACUCGCUCGCUGCCCUACUCCGCUGCCGCUGCGCUGGGCUCGGACCCCCCCGCCCCGCGCCGGACCAUGGCCCCGCCGUGCCUGAGACCCCUGCUGAGGUUCAAGUCCUUCGUCGUCCUCUUCUGCACGCCGCUGCUGCUGCUGGCGCUGCCCCUGCUCGUCCCCACCAAGGAGGCCAAGUGUGGCUAUGUCAUCAUCCUUAUGGCUGUGUACUGGUGCACAGAGGUCAUCCCAUUGGCUAUCACAGCUCUCCUGCCUGCUAUAUUAUUUCCUAUGUUUGGAAUCCUGGAGUCUAAAAAGGUGUGUAUGCAGUACUUGAAGGACACCAACAUGCUGUUUGUCGGGGGGCUGGUUGUGGCAGUAGCCGUGGAACACUGGAAUUUGCACAAACGCAUUGCACUGAGGGUCCUGCUGAUCGUCGGAGUGAAGCCCCCACUCCUGAUGCUGGGCUUUAUGGGAGUCACAGCCUUCUUGUCCAUGUGGAUAAGCAACACAGCCACUACCGCCAUGAUGGUCCCUAUUGUCCAGGCUGUCUUGGAUCAGAUGAACAGCACAGAGCAGGACCUGACGAUUACGGACCAGCCUAAUGGGCAAGUGAAUUCAGCGAUCGAGCUGGAGGAGAAGAACUCAAUGAGCCUGACGUCGGUGCAGGUCAUAGGUAAUGGCAAUGUUCCUGAUCAACACAAAGCUCUUGGUGACAGGGAAGUGAAGAAACGCAUCAGUAAGGGGAUGACGCUGUGUGUGUGCUAUGCUGCUAGUAUUGGAGGAACCGCAACACUCACUGGAACGGGGCCAAACCUGGUUUUGAAAGGCCAGAUGAAUCAACUGUUCCCUGAAAAUGGUGACGUCUUGAAUUUUGCUUCCUGGUUUGGAUUUGCGUUUCCUAAUAUGAUUCUGAUGUUGAUGUUAUCUUGGUUUUGGCUCCAGUUUUCAUUCAUGGGGUUCAAUUUCAGGAAAAUGUGGGGCUGCGGGAUGGAGAGAACUGACAAAGAGAAAGCUGCUCUCAAUGUGCUCAAGUCAGAGCUCCGGAAACUAGGCUCCAUCUCCUUUGCUGAAUUUAAUGUCCUGAUGCUCUUCAUUCUCCUGAUUCUCCUGUGGUUUAGCAGAGACCCAGGCUUCAUUCCUGGCUGGGCCACCUUCCUCUUCAAUAAAGAUGAAGAGUACGUUACUGAUGCCAGUGUAGCUCUCUUUGUUGCACUUCUACUGUUUGUAGUUCCUGCCACUAAACCCAAAUUCAACUGCUGUAGUCGAAAUAGCUUUAGCCCUGAACAGAACACAGAAGCGAUGAAAGAGCCCUUUUUCCCAGCCCCAUUGCUGGACUGGAAGGUAGUUCAGAGGAAGAUGCCCUGGAACAUCGUGCUGCUGCUAGGAGGAGGAUUCGCCUUGGCCAAUGGAAGCGAUGCUUCUGGUCUGUCGAAAUGGCUGGGUGAUCAGAUGACCCCAUUGCAUGCUGUCCCACCGUGGGCCAUUGCAGUGAUACUUUCACUUGUUAUUGCUGUCUUCACCGAAUGCACCAGUAAUGUAGCUACGGCCACCCUCUUUCUACCCGUCUUUGCAUCCUUGUCGCAAUCGAUCGAGGUCAAUCCCUUGUACAUCAUGAUCCCUUGUACUCUCAGUGCCUCAUUUGCUUUCAUGCUACCUGUGGCAACACCUCCAAAUGCAAUAGUGUUUUCCUAUGGUCACCUCCAGGUUUUGGACAUGGCUAAAUGUGGAAUAGUGAUGAACAUUAUUGGAGUCCUCUGCAUCACUUUGGCCAUCAACACCUGGGGACGUCCCUUGUUCAGCUUGGACACGUUCCCAUCCUGGGCCAAUGCCACAGCUGGAAAGUGAGCGGUAAAGGAUUUACCAGAAAACCCAAAGGAACCCUAGUACUGUUUCCUCCUGCCCCACAUCCUGUCUAGAGCCUUAUCAGCACCUCAGAUGCUGGGUUAGGAGGAAUGCAACAUUCUGAGGUCUAAAUUUCAGGUCAAAUGCAAAUCAACUCAUUCUAGCCGUGACUGAGCCAUAAGUGCUGCUUCCGCACCCAAGUCUGAGGAGCUGCGUCCGUUUCAUGCCUGUGAUCUCUGUGUCUCUCCAAGCAAGAUGGGGAUGUAGCUCAAGCUUUUAUUGAACUUUAUUAAAUAGAAGAGAGGCUGCGCUGCAAAAAAUGAAUCGAACCUCCGUGUAACUAGUGCGCACUUGGAAAUCAUUAGCAUCGGACACUUCCUACAGGCUGAGGCCUGCUGCGGUUCCUUAAUGUCCUCCAGUGUCCACCCGUCAGCAAUUGCACUGAGCGUCCUGACUGUCACUUGCAGGCUAAUGCAGGAAUGGUUCAUUUAGACUGGGCUCAGCAGUGCGGUGAGAACUAUUCCUUCCAAGUCCAGAGCCAGCAAUGUUCCCUGAGGCCUUGCCAUCACUCCCAAAUCUGCACAGUGAAGCGUCGGGUUGACUAACACCAGGCUGACUGACCACGACUUGGCAUCAGGAUGAGUCAUGGUCAGCUUCAUGUUGGUGCAAGUUGCACUCAGAAGUAUGUGUUGUUUCAACAGGGCAAGUACUUUAUUAGACAACGUGGAAGUGAUCAAAAUGGGCAGCAAGACUUCCAGGUGUAGUUAAACCUCCGAGAUUAACCCUUUAAGUGCCUACCAGCAGAGUGCUCGUUAACUCAUUAAUUCUGGGGUGAAGACAAGGCCUCAAAGACAGGCUUUUAAGUAGGAACACGCUUCCAACUUGUAUCAAAGUAUAGCAAUAACCAGAGAGUGAAUUUAAAGCUAUUUGUGGACUGAGUCCUGAAAUCCUUACGCAUGGAUCCCUGUAGGACUGGGUCCCGGGGCUCCAACAGCCAUUUUGUCUGAUGAAGGUCCUGUGUGUAAAGCGUUUUGUAGCACCUGGUUUAUAACUGGAAUAGCACUAUGAUUUCGCUCCGUCUUUCUGAAGCAGCUGGUGGCAGGCAGCUACAGAUGUAUCUGGCCAUACUUCUGUGCCACGGUCAUGGGGAAGGUUUUAAUUUAGUAUUUGAAGACUAAAUUACUGGAAGCCUUGGCCACAUGGUCUAGUGGAAUGGCCAUAGGGCUGGCUGCCAGGCACCUCCUGAGUUCUAUUCCCAAACUCACUAUGUGGCCUUGACCAAAUCACAUCACUGCUCUGUGCCUCAGUUUCCCCAGCUGCAAAAUGAGGAUAAUGAUACUUACCUACCUCACAGGGGUGUUGUGAGGGUUAAGAACCCAACUCCUGCAGCCCUGGGAGAUCAGCCUGAAUAAGGGCUUCAGGAUUUGGUCCCUAAUGAGUUUAUGUAUGAUAUUAAAUGUUGUUGUUUUGACUUUCUUUAUAGAACUGGAAAAAAUAAUUAAUUAUUGCUUUGUCUUGAAAAACAAGGAAAAUAUUUAUCUACAAAAACCUCUGGUGCGAGAGCAAGAGGCAUGUCCUGAAGGGAAAACACUUUAAUAAUGAUUUAAAUUCAUUGUCUAAGGGUCUGAUCCUGUAAGGUGCUGAGCACCCUUAACCCCAUUGACUGCAGUGAGAGUUGCAUGUGGCCUCUCCAAAGGACAUGUUCAGCAGAUCAGGUAGGAUUGCCAACCCUCCAGGAUUGUCCUGGAGUUUCCUGGAAUUAAAGAUAAAUCUUUAAUGAAAGGUUAAGUCAUGGGAUGAAACCUCCAGGAAUAUGUACAACCAGAAUUGGCAACCCUAGGCUUAAAGAGUCGGUAGUGUGGCCAAGGCCCAAGGCAACCUGGGUGGCCCUCUCCCUAUAACUGCAGGGUGAGGACAAGGCAGAUUAGCUGUUGGGUUCUGUGGCUGGUGAACUUCACCUAACAAGCAAUAUCUGUCUAUCUGUUAAGGAAGAUCCCAGUCCAAGCAAGAAAUAUUAUGGUUGUGGGCGUUUGAUCAACACUUGUCUAAACAGAUACGCAAACUCAAUGAAAUCAAUGGGUGUUCGGCACUUACCUUGCUCAGGUGCUUUUGUAAAUCCCACUUUGCACUUCUCUGUAUCUUUUGGUGCCUAAAUCCCUUUGUAAAUCUGGCCCAGUGUGCCUGCCCGGAGAUGCUGAUUGCCCUCAGCUCACAGUGACUUCACAGGAGCUGGUCCAAGGACCUUUUUGCUGGAGAGUAUUAACUCACAAUUCUCAUUUUUGACUGGUGAGAUGAGAGCUGGGUGAGACUUUCCAGUCAACUUGGUGACACCAAAACUUGAACAUUUCACCAUUUUCAAAAUGAAGCAUGUCGAGUUUUCAGUUUGCAACACCUUUUCCUUUCCAAACUUUCCUUUCUUUUAUUUAAAAAAAAUCAAAUAAAAUUCAAAAGAGUUUUCAAAUGGACAAAAUCAAAACAAAACCUUUCCUUCCACCCAGAAUAUUUUUCAUGUCUUUUUCAAAAUUUGCCAGUGAACUGAAAAGAAUCAUUUUAGUAGUUGGGAUGUAAAAUCUGGUAGCUCUAGAAUGCUAGGGCUAGUUCUUAGACUGGAAAACUAAAUUAACUGAAUUAAAUACUUUGCUCUGAGAUGUAGGUUUCUGGGAAGGGCCUUAACUUAGUCAUUCCCCAGCUCCGUGUGCAGGAGUGAGCUGCGGGGAAUUUUUGUAAGAAGAGGAAAUGAAGUUGUUACUUGAGUUCUCAUGUCAGUCAGGGCAUCUUUUUCCUGUAUUGCUGCAGAAGUUGAAAUUAAACUUUAUUUUCCUA